GAAGCGGGAGAUCCGUCAGGUUUAUGGUGGAUGCUGUUUAAUGCACUUCCUGUAGGUGACCUCCCAACCAAUAUCUUCAGAGAGAAGUUAAAAAGCAGAGAGCACUGGUUACUAUCUCUGGGUCUUGCCUUCUAUUUUCUCUUUGGACAACUCUGGUCAUAGAGCAGGCUAUGAAGAGACAGGAGGGAGGGAUCUUGCUGAUCACUGAGUCUGUGCCACCUCCCCACACUGACCCUGUGUAGCCAUACAUGGGUCAGACUCAUCUGCAUUAAUGAAUUUUCCCUUAGAUUCUGAUGAUCACCUUGACACUUUUUGUAAGGUGUAGGUAACAGUCAGUUCUCUGUAUACAUGGGACGUUGGUUCCAGGCCCCCUCAUCGAUAUCACGUCUGGUCAGGCCUCCUAUGUAAAAUUGUGUAGUGUUCAAUAGUCAAUACAAUGUGGAUUCUAAGAAAAUACAUUGGUUUAUUAGGAAACCGUGAUAAGCAGUUAGAUCUCUGCAUGUUUGAUACAGAAGUAACAUCUUUUAAAUGUCUCUCCGUCCUCCUUCUCCUUUCUCCUUUCAUUUUUCCUCAUCUAUAUCUGUUGCUCUAAAAUUAUAUUAAAUGGUUUUCUUCUACUCCCACUGGGUCUAGCACUGCAGUGCCCCAAGAUAUCUGCUCUUGGCAGAAACUCACAUCCCAACCCUGGGGCGCCCAGUGUCUCUGCUGCCACACACUCUCCCAACCUCCAUCCUCCACAUGAGAGAACACACAACACAACAACCCCUGAUCCGAUGGAUAAGAUAUAAUCGCCCACUUAUACAUACAAGGCCCUGUACACAUCCAUCCCUUAAGAACAUUCAUAACAACCUAUAAAUACACAGGGUGGAAUCUUAACGUCAGCCUCCAUGUUCUCUCCGUGGCUUCUCUACCUUCUCCUCCAGUCUCAAGUCCUUUCCAUUUCAGUCUCCUCCUCUUCCUUCAAGCUUUUCUCCCGCCCACCCUUCCUUCUCGUCCAAUGACAGGACUCAUUCUAUCCCGUACCUGCCUCACCUGUAUGACACCAUCCCGCAUUUCACCCUUUUUGUCUAAUUAAAAAAAAACUUUUCUCUCAAAUAUAAGCUGAGCACAACUAUUAUCAUUUUGUAAUUAAAAGCAUAAAAUAUAUCUAACACCCAGUCCAACACUAUAUCAGUUAAGCAGAACAUUUAGUUAUCCAUUCCAGCUUAAGAAAGGCUUAAAAUCUAUGUAAUAUCCUGGCUAGCUUGUAUACUAUCUGAUAACUAUCUAAUAAAAUAUGUAUUUUCAGAGUUAAACAGACUGAUAGGCUAUGAGACUAUAAUCAGUCUUCAACCCAGUCAGAAAUCUGAGAAUGACCAACUAUCUAUAAACAUAGGAAGACUAACAUGGCUUCCAGACCUGAGAGGUUGUGGAUUUCUGACAUUUUUGACAACCGUCUAUCUAUAUAGAACAAUCUGGACUGUUUUCCAUUUUUAUCUUAUUAUCUUGAAAGUACACUAGCAAACUCAGAGCCCUGAAUUUUCUAUUUGGCCCUUAAAUCACAUGUGUAAUCAGCUCAGAAAUUCGUAAUGGCAUCAAUAGAAGGACUGACUCUAAACCUUGUACUUUUAAAAUUUUUUAACAAAUUCUAUACCAAAGUAAAGAUACGGUUUUAGCUUAAUUACCAGGUGAGAUUAUGACUGUAUAACUCAAUCUAGCUAAUUCCUCCCUGUUAAAUUACGUGAAUCACAGCAGCCAGAAACCAAAAAUCCUAUUUUCCCAAAAUCUCUCUUUAAUUAUUAAUAUCGUGGGUCCCCUUCCGCUUGUGGGACAGAUCGAUAACUUACUGCAAGUUGAGUAAUGGGCUAUGUAAGCUAUUUACCCUGAUUCCAGGAGGAAGAAGGGAAAGAGCCUACUGGGUGCUGCGAGGGGAGCUCAGGCUGAAGUCAGGACCUGGUGAGCACAGGGUCACUGCCCACACAGGGGAGGAGCGGGCGACUGAGCAGUGGUGGGUGGAGUGGUAGGGCCUCCCUGGGGCUGGUCCCGGAGACAGAUGGUUAGGCUAUCGGUGAACCAGCACAAGAGCUACAAUCUCUGCAGAUCUGGAAAAGAUCCGGUCCUGGACUGGAAGCCCAGGUCAAGAACCUCUACUGAGUCCCUUAUGCACGCUCUAAUCCUAAGGAAGGUGCUCGUGCCAUUCAAGACUCACUGGCCAAUCAAAGCCUCCAGUCGUGCCAAUCAGAAUAGGAGGCGGGAUCUUCUGCGACCACGCGGCGGCUUCUUCCCAGGAGCUGCACGGGCUCGAAGCCUCUGUCCUGCAACUGGAUGCUGUGGGGCGCGCUCAGGCAGGCUCUGCAGUUGUGGCAUGGAUGCAGUGACCUAUGAUGAUGUGCAUGUGAACUUGACUCCAGAAGAAUGGGCUUUGCUGGAUCCUUCACAGAAGAAUCUCUACAAAGAUGUGAUGCUGGAGACCUACAGGAACCUCACUGCUGUAGGCUACAAUUGGGGAGACCGUAAUAUUGAAGAACAUUGUCAAAGUUCCAGAAGACAUGGAAGGCAUAAAAGAAGUUCUACUGGAGAGAAGCCCUCUGAAUAUACGCAGUGUGGUAAAGCCUUUGCAUGUCACAGUUAUCCUCAAAGGUGUGAAAGAAUUCAUACUGGAGAGAAACCCUAUGAAGGUAUUCAAAAAGGUAAAUCCUCUGCACAUCACAGUAGUCUCCAAAUGCAUAAUAUAAUACCUGCGGAAGAGAAACCCUACAAAUGUAGUCAGUGUGGUAAAGCCUUUUCACAACACAGUCAUCUCCAAGGACAUAAAAGGACACAUACUGGAGAGAAAACUUACAAGUGUAAUCAGUGUGGUAAAGCCUUUGCAGGACACAGCCAUCUCCAAAUGCAUAAAGUAACACAUACUGGAGAGAAAAUGUACAAAUGUAAUCAGUGUGGUAAAGCCUUUGCAUAUCCUGGUUAUCUUCAAGUACAUAAAAGAACUCACUCUGGAGAGAAACCCUAUGAAUGUAAUCAAUGUGGCAAAGCCUUUGCAUAUCCUUGUCAUCUUCGAAGACAUGAAAGGAUUCAUACUGGAGAGAAACCUUACAAAUGUAACGAAUGUGGUAAAGCCUUUGCACGACACAGUAAUCUCCAAAUGCAUAAAGUAACACAUACUGGAGAGAAACCUUACAAAUGUGAUCAGUGUGGUAAAGCCUUUGCAUAUCCUAGUUAUCUCCACGUACAUAAGAGAACUCACACUGGAGAGAAACCCUAUGAAUGUGAUCAAUGUGGUAAAGCCUUUGCACAACAGAGUCAUUUCCAACUGCAUAAAGUAACACAUACUGGAGAGAAACCUUACAAAUGUGAUCAGUGUGGUAAAGCCUUUGCAUUUAGCACUGCUCUCCAAAUACAUAAAGCAACACAUACUGGAGUAAAGCCCUACAAAUGUAACGAAUGUGGUAAAGCCUUUGCAGGACAUGGUCAUCUCCAACUGCAUAAAGUAACACAUACUGGAGAGAAACCUUACAAAUGUGAUCAGUGUGGUAAAGCCUUUGCAUAUCCUAGUUAUCUCUACGUACAUAAGAGAACUCACACUGGAGAGAAACCCUAUGAAUGUGAUCAAUGUGGUAAAGCCUUUGCACGACACAGUCAUCUCCAACUGCAUAAAGUAACACAUACUGGAGAGAAACCUUACAAAUGUGAUCAGUGUGGUAAAGCCUUUGCAUAUCCUAGUUAUCUCUACGUACAUAAGAGAACUCACACUGGAGAGAAACCCUAUGAAUGUGAUCAAUGUGGUAAAGCCUUUGCACGACACAGUCAUUUCCAACUGCAUAAAGUAACACAUACUGGAGAGAAACCUUACAAAUGUGAUCAGUGUGGUAAAGCCUUUGCAUAUCCUAGUUAUCUCCACGUACAUAAGAGAACUCACACUGGAGAGAAACCCUAUGAAUGUGAUCAAUGUGGUAAAGCCUUUGCACAACAGAGUCAUUUCCAACUGCAUAAAGUAACACAUACUGGAGAGAAACCUUACAAAUGUGAUCAGUGUGGUAAAGCCUUUGCAUAUCCUAGUUAUCUCCUCGUACAUAAGAGAACUCACACACACUGGAAAGAAACCCCAUGAAUGUGAUCAAUGUGGUAAAGGCUAUUCACAAUCAGGUCACCUCCGAGUGCAUACAAGAACACAUACUAGAAAGUAACCCUAUGGAUGUAACCAACGUGGUAAAGUCUUUACAGGUCGGAAUGAUCUUCAGAGAUAGGGUGGUUUGAAUAUGCUUGGCCCAUAGCUAGUGGCACUAUUCGGAGAUGUGGCCUCUAAGGAACUGUGCACUGUGGGGCUGGACUUUGAGAUCCUAUGCUUAAGCUCCACCCAGGGCAGAAGAGUCUUCUCCUGCUGCCUUCUGAUCAAGAUGUAGAACUCUCGGCUCCUACAGCACCGUGUUUACUUGGACACUGCCAUUCUUCAGCCUUGAUGAUAAUAGACUGAAUCUGUACACCACCCACCAAUUAAAGGUUGCCCUUUAUAAGAGUUGCCUUGGUCAUAGUACAUUUUCACAGCAAUAAAAUCCAAAUUAAGACAAAAGGCAUAAAAGAUAUUACACGAGAGAGACCCCCUGUGAAAGUGUUGGAUAUAGCGAAGCCUUUGAACAUUUCUGUAGUCCUCGCUAUAGCAGAAGUAUUCACACUUCCAUUCCCUGAAACCCUGUGAAUGGAAGCAGUGUACAGCCUUUGCCCUUCACAGUUAUCUCUGGAUGCACAAAAGAACCCAUACUGGAGAAAAACCUUAUGGAUGUGCUCAAUGUGGUAAAGUCUCUGUGUUUUGAAAUCUGCAUAGAUCCAUAACAGGAUCAAUCACCUGGUCAAAGUAAAGGCCAAGAGUUUGAUGUAGUGAGGCCGGGUGGGUUAGAAGGUUAGGGUUUAAGGUGGUUGGGGUUACAAAGUUAAGGGUUAGGGUUAGAGGGUUAGGGGGAUAUGAUUAGACGGUCAGGGCUGAGGCUGAGCUUAGGGACAGGUUAGGGGUGGAAGGGCAGUUCCGGGUCAUGGUUAGGUUAGUGUCAGGAGCCAACAAGCUAAUAACUGGCAGGUGAUCUUCCUGAGAUGGUCUUCCUUGGUAUAGUAAUCCAUUGCAGAUGUCCUCCCGUAGUCAGGGCCCAGGAGAAAACCACUCUAGGAAAGAUUCCUGCUAUUAAUAUGCUUUUCCUGUCAUUAAACAUAUGGGACAAUCACUAGGUAUUAGCCCACCAUUUUGAGCAGCUCUCUGCACAUUUAUGAAGAUUUUCUGUCUUGUAGUGAGGCUACGUAGAGAGAUAGAUGAUUUCUUGAUACUUAUUGAUGAUCCUAUAAGAAUUCCUGAAAUUAUAUCAGUAUUUGUUAAGAUAUUUUAUUGCAGGACUGCUAGUGUAGGUCCGUUCUGAUAGUCAAAACAGCAAUGAGAGCUCUGCCAGUUCCCCACGUGUUAGCGGUUCGUGGCUUCUAGAUGGCAGUCAGACUUUCUACCUCUCAGAGCACAUUCCAAGAGGUUGUAAAACCGUUCACCGAAGGUCAUCAAAAGGAACUAAUGACUUAUUUUAGGACAGAAGAUAAGAUAUUGACUGAGUUUAUCUAUACAAAACUUCACUAAUAACUUAGUUACUUGGUUUUAAAAUCUUGAUGAACCUGUGGAGCUGAGACAGGUGAUGAACGUUUAGCCAGGUAAUUUCUCCUAAUGGAUAUGCAUGUAAACAUUCACUGAUGUUAGCUUUUUAUUCAAUGUCUGAUUUAAAUUUCUGUGUAAACUUGUGCUCAACUCUUUAACAUGCGUUCUUCUAUUCUGAAAGAUGUAUACGUACUGAGGACAAAGAGAGGAGAGGGAAAUAUUUCCCUGAUCCCCCUUUUUCAUUCAUUCUGUUUUCCCCCUUUUGCUUAGAGAGCUUUCAUAGGAAACGUUUUACAACUUAGUAAUAAAUGCUAAAAUCACUUUUCCAAGUGUUCCUUUUUCUUUCUGCAACUUCGACUUGGACUAUCAGGCUGAAAGUUAGAGCCACGCAGUUCCCACUGAGAUAGAACAAAGACUACAUAACUGUCUUAGUCAGGGUUUCUGUUCCUUCACAAAACAUGACCAGGAAGCAAGCUGGGGAGGAAAGGGUUUAUUCAGCUCACACUUCCACGUUGCUGUUCAUCACAAAAGGAAGUCAGGACUGGAACUCAAGCAGGUCAGGAGCCUGGAGGCAGGAGCUGAUGCAGAGGCCAUGGAGGGUGCUGCUCCCUGGCUUGCUUCCCCAUGGCUUGCUCAGCCUGCUUUUGUAUAGAAUCCAGGACCCCCAGCCCAGGGUUGGCCCCACCCACAACAGGCUGGGUCCUCCUCCAUUGAUCACUGAUUGAGAAAAUGCCUUACAGCUGGAUCUCAUGGAGGCAAUUUCUCAAGGGAGGCCCCUUUCUCUGUGAUAACUCCAGCUUGUCUGAAGUUGACAUAGAUAACCAGAGACCAUCAGUCUAUAAAUCCACACCCACUGCUUUACUGCUGUGAGCAGACACCAUGACCAAUGCAAGUCUUAUCAAAGACAACAUUUGACUGGGGCUGGCUUACAGGUUCAGAGGUUCAGUGGUUCAGUCCAUUAUCAUCAAGGCGGGAGCAGGGCAGCAUCCAGGCAAGCCUGGUGCAGGAGGAGCUGAGAGUUUUACGUCUUCAUCUGAAGGCUGCUAGCAGAAUACUGGCUUCCAGGCAGCUAGAAUGAGGGUCUGAAAGGUCAUGCCAAAGUGACACACCCACUCCAACAAGGCCACACCUCCCUCAACAAGGCCACACCUCCUCCAACAGGGCCACACCUAGUACUGCCAUCCCCUGGGCGGAGCUUAUACAAAUCAUCCCAUUCCACUCUCUGGUUCCCAUUGACUUGUUCAAACACAUGAGUCUGUAUGGCCCAUACCUAAACAUAGCAUAAUGCAAAGUACAUUUAAUCCAACUUCCCAAGUCCCCAUAAUCUAUAGCAGUCUCAAUAAUGUUAAAAAUUCAAAGUCUCUCCUGAGAUUCAUCGAAUCACUGAGCUGUAAUCCUCACAGCAAGACAUUCCUGGGCAGCUGGGCAGACUCCAAACUCUGCAACUCCAUGUCUGGGUGAGGGUUAGGGUGUUCGGGUUCGGUUUAGGAUUUAAGUUUAGUGUUUAUGGUUGGGGUGGGGAGCAUAGGGUUAGGGGUUUUUAUCUUAUGUUGAAAGUUCACUAGCGGGGCUGGGGAUUUAGCUCAGUGGUAGAGCGCUUACCUAGGAAGCGCAAGGCCCUGGGUUCGGUCCCCAGCUCCGAAAAAAAAAAAAAAAAAAGAAAGUUCACUAGCAAACUCAGAGCCAUGAAUUUGCUAUUUGGCCCCACAACUGACAUGUGUAAUCAGCUCAUAAAUUUGUAAUGGCAUCAAUAGAAGGACUGAGUCUAAACCUUGUACUUUUUACAAAUUUUUUUAACAAAUUCUAUACCAAAGUAAAGAUAUGAUUUUAGCUUAGUUACCAAAUGAGAUUAUGACUGUAUAACUAAAUCUAGCUAAUUCCUCCCUGUUAAAUUACAACCAUUUCUAAAUUCCUCAUAAAACAACCUUAGAAUAACCACUUUCAGCCCCUCAAAAGUCCAGGGAAUUGGGGCGACGACUCCUCCAUAACUUCUUCAAGCUGUACAUGGGCAUUGAGAUAUCAUUGUGGGUAGGGGGUAGGAAGAAUGAAGCAAAUGCUGUAGCCGAUGUGUCCUGACCUGACCCAGCUAAAAGUCCUUGAGACCAGGAAUUUAAGUAGGCACAUUCUGCAAAAUACAACUCUCAAGACAAAAGUUUAGAAUCGAGAUAUCCUGUUUGAUUCUCCUGAAUCUAAUUUUUCUGGCAGUCUCCCUCUCUUAAAUCAGAUCAGUAUGACUCUGGGGUUCCCAGAGCCUAAUCACAGUUUGUUUUUGUUUUUUUUUAAUUUUUUUAAAGAUUCAUUUAUUAUGUACACAGAGUUCCACCUGCAUGUAUACGUGCAGGCCAGAAGAGGGCACCAGAUCUCAUUAUCGGUGGUUGUGAGCCGCCAUGUGGUUGCUGGGAAUUGAACUCAUGACCUCUGGGAGAGCAGACAGUGCUCUUAACCUCUGAGCCAUCUCUCCAGUCCCUAAUCACACUUUUUAAAAACACAAAGACAAAAUCUUUCUUCCAAAAUACUGUGUUCCUUAUAACCACAAAAGCUUGUAUCUUGCACUCUCUCCCAGAGUAAUAAUAUAACCAUAAAACUCAAAGUCACACCCAUUAUGAAGAUAAUAUUUCCUUCUACACCUCCUUUUAUUUUCCAUUUCUUUUUCCCCAUGAGGACAGUGAUGUGUUAAGAUAGAAUAUCACAUGCAGCCAGGGUUGUCUUGAAUUGGAGAUCCUCAGACCUCUACCUCUUGAAGGGUGAGAUUAUAGGUGUGGAUAUCAUGCCCAGGUUUUCCAAGCAGAAAUUCAUGGAUGCGGAACCCUGUGCUACAAAUUAUCUGUCUAAUCUUGGGGAAAUUGCUGAGGUGAUGACAACAUUGAGGAGUAGACUCAGAGAGAGCAGCCUCCACUGGUGUUGGCUCCUGGACGCCCGUUCCUCUAGGGUAUGGAGUAAACCUAGGCAUCAGUUCUAACACAGUCUGUUUCACUUGACACAAUUAGAGGCAUCAAAAUGACCAGGAGGGACUAGAGCUUAAAGCACAGGAAAGGCCGUCUCAAGCCAGACUCCAUCACUCCAGGAGAUGCUCUAUCAGAGUCAAUGAUUCUUGGCCAGAGAGGACCACCCCAUCGCGUUAUGAGAUGUAAGAGAGGGUUCCAAGGUGCCUCCCUCCAGCUUCUGACAGUAUUUAUUUUAUUUAAAAACUAGUGUUUAUUUAAACACAGACACAGAUUGGACAGGGUAGAGAUGAGUAUCUUUAAGAUUCACAUGGCAGUCUUUCUAGACCGUCCUCCAUGUCCACCUCCUUGCCAUUCAACAGAGCAUCAGAUCGUGGGAUCUGCUGCUGACACUUUGAAGCAUUUCCAGAAAGAUCCCUGUUAUGUGACUAUUAGUUUUCAAAAUGUUUAAUUCCAAGCUUCUUUAGAAUUUGAAAGGUUCAUAGGAAGAACACACAAUUGUGGGAGCCGUAUUGGAUUUGGGCCUGGUUGCUUUGUCACUGUGUGGCCUUAGUCUUAGAUUGUAGGAUCAAAAGCCUCUCCCUGUAAUUUAUGGCACAAGAAGUUUACAUUCACAGAAUGUUGUCAGCCAGAACAAGACCCUUCUGGGUCUCCAGCAAGGUUUGACCCCUGCUGAGCCCUGCCCUUGCAUGUGGAAGCCUUUUGUCCCCAACUGGGAACAGUCUGGCCAGGUACUUCUCACCUGAGUCAGAAUUAGGCUGGCCUUCCUGGUUAUUUCCCUAAUUCAUUCAGGCCACAUAGUCGGUCCUUUGUUACUGAAGUCUCAGCCAGGCUUCCCCACUGUGCUUGACAGAUACCUGCUAAGUGGUGUUCUUUGGAUAUAUAGUUUGGUCAAUAAAGAAACCAGAGGCUCUCUUCCUCUUCUGGCUUGACACGAAUAACCUGUGUGUGUGUGCUUCUUUCAUCCCACAGGCUUUCGCCCGAUUCUCGGUACCGUGUCGGUGCUGGCGCCGACACACAAUGACCAGAGUGCCCCUGGCUACGUUAGUGAUGGACAGGGAAAGAAAAGUCCUGCGGGUUUUCCUUACAGCUUUCCCUCCUGUGUCUGUGAUUGGCCUCUGAGGUCUUGCACCGCUUCUCCUUGGUAACGUUGUCUGACAAACAGGCAAUGAAUUCUGGUCUUUGAUGUUCAUGCAGAGAUCACGAUUUCCUAGUAAUUCUAUGUGUUUUCUUAGAAUCCACAGUACACUGAAUAAUGUAAAACAUCUAAGCUGACUUACGUGUAAGGAGGAUGUGUCUGGGUUCUGUGCUGUUACUACACUACACAAUUCUACAAGCAUCGAGUGCAAUUUAACUCAACCACGUUGUUGUGGCUGCUCAGCGUCACUCACUGAGCAUCUAACUCUCAACUAAUUGAUGGUUAACAGAGUUUGCUUUUGAAAACUGUUGCCAAGUGCAACGCAUGUUCCUUCCAUCCAGUCAUCUUGAUCUACUAUAAAUUUGUUCGUGAUCAGAAAACUUAAUUUAAGUACAUUCACUAAAAUAUGGAUACAGUGAUCCUGGGAAAUUAUGUUAAGAAUAAAAAUGUACUGGAGAGAUGGCUCAGCGCUUAAGAGCACUGACUGCUCUUCCAGAGGCCCUGAGUUCAAUUCCCAGCAACCACAUGGAGGCUCACAACCAUCUGUGAUGGGAUCUUGGUGUUCUCUUCUGGUGUGCAGGCUGAACACUGUAUAUAAUAAAUAAAUAAAUCUUUUAAAAAACAAUAAAAAUGCAAAACCCUUGCCAAAAAAGGGAGAAUUCUUGUCUCUUCCCUAAGAAGGUAGGUGAGAUUUAUUUGAGAUGACAAAAGGCUCUAUGUCUGUUUGAAGAAGAUGGUUUGUCACCCUGAUGCUCUGCACCUAAACUACAGAUCAGAAGGUUCCCUUUGGUGUGGGAGCACAGUCCUGUAAAAUCCACGUAGUUGAGCAAGUUUGCACAUCCUGACCUCCAGCUAGAGUCCUGAUCACAUUGGGAAUAGGCUGCUGAAAUGUGCUUCAAAGACUCACUCACCCAGAAACAAUUUUUCUUUUAAAAUUAAAGACCGACUCCUUCGUGAGACGAGCGGAGCAGAGGCCGAACUCGGGAUCUGACAAGAUGGCCGGGCUGCCCCACAGGAUCAUCAAGGAAACCCAGCAUUUGCUGGCAGAACUAAUUACUAGCUUGAAAGCAGAACCAGAUGAGAGCAGUGCCUGUUAUUUUCAUGUGGUCAUUGCUGGUCCCCAGGACUCUCCCUUUGAUGCAGGGACUUUUAAACUCGAACUAUCCCUUCCAGAAGAAUACCCAAUGGCAGCACCUAAAGUACGUUACAUGACCAAAAUUUAUCAUCCUAAUGUAGACAAGUUGGGAAAAAUAUGUUUAGAUAUUUUGAAAGAUAAGUGGUCCCCAGCACUGCAGAUCCGGACAGUUCUGCUAUCAAUCCAGACUUUGUUAAGAGCUCCUAAUCCAGAUGAUCCAUUAGCAAACGAUGUAGCUGAGCAGUGGAAGAGCAAUGAAGCCCAAGCCAUAGAAACAGCGAGAGCAUGGACAAGGCUCUAUGCCAUGAACAACAUUUAAGUCGAUCAGAUCAUCAAGUGUACACCACUUCUCCUGUUCCACCAAGACUUCUUACUUUUUUUGUUUGCAUUUAAUAGACACAGUCUUAGAAACAUUACGGAAUAAAAGCCCAGGCAUCUUCAUCUUUGGCGAUUACAUGCACAUUUGCAGACCUGUCUUGUCCUGAUUGGCUGUUGUAAAGCAUGAGCAGAGCCUGGAAGCAUCACCCUGGUUGCUGAGAAGCAGGACUCUCUGCUUUGACUCCUUUCCCCCUUAUGGUCUAAAUGCAAGGCGCUGUGAAUGAAGGUAGCUGUCAGGUUAGCUGCCAGGGGCAUGGGUAUUUUUAUUUUAUUUUUUAGGGGGAAAGUAGUUUUAAUUAAAUUUUAUGGCCUCCUUUCCCCUCCACUCUCUUAAGGAAUCUAAUUGCAGUGGUUAAAUGGACGUAACCAGCUGUUUAGAAUAUGCUCUGUAGCCAAGUCCAACCUUAGACGCUGUAGAUGGACAAGCUUGAUUGUCUGAUCCAAAAUGGGAACAUUAAAUAAACAUCACAGCCCUCACUAAUAACAUUGUGACUUUGCUCUCAAGUGUAGAUUCUCUGCCCCCUCUCCCAGCCCCCAAAGGACAAAGAAAAAGCUUGUGACCAUUUUGUAUGGAGUGUCUGGAAACUUCUGUAAAUCUUAUGUUUUAGUAAAAUAUUUUUUGUUAUUCUAAAAUUAAAGACUGUGAAAACUUUUUUAAAUUUAAUUUUAUUUUAAAUCUUUUCUUUUUAAAAUUUAUUUACAUAUAGUGUAAUGUAAUUAUUAAAGUUAAUUAUUUAUAAAACUAUCAUAAAUUUUUUCUAAUAAAAUAAGCAUCACACACGAACAUUUGUGUAAGGGAAAUUUACUGUACACAGCCCCGCACCUUUCUCAGAAUUUCUUUCGUCGUCUCAUUACAUGAAAUCUGUUCAGUAGAAGCCACCAGGGGGCGCCUGAGCGCUGUCCUCCACCUGUGUCCUGUGUAAGGAGCGCUGGCCGCAGGUGAGACUGGAAAACAGACGUCUCCAGGAGUGCGCGUUCAACAGGAGAAAGAGAAACUUCAACAAAGAGGGAACAAGACAGUGGGGAUGAGCCAUUCACUUCUGUGAACAAGAGACUGCGACUUUCACACCUUCUACCCCGGCAGUACCUUCACAUCCCCAGUCGGUGACUCCCCUGGACCUGUGCAGAGCGACGCCAUGACAGGCACCGACGCACAGGCUGCCGGUCUAUGUCCUGCUGUGGAAAUCUCCUUCAGUCACGAGGAGGAGUUUUCUGUAAAAUCACGUCCUCAGGAGGAACAGAAAUGACCAGGACCCACGACUCCAUCCCGGUCUCCACUGCAGCCGCCAGGGCCCUUCCUCCUCCCUGCCCGCGCCUGUGCGACAUCAGAAGAAUAAGAGGAAAGGGUUGGCCCGGCGAGCACCUACCACAAGUCCAGCUCGGCGGUGUGGGGCUCUAAUUCCCCUGAAUCCUGAUUAAAUGUCAGCUCCGCAUUCUAAAGGACAGGGACGAAGGAAGAGACCUGUGGGCAUUUGAGCAAACUGUUUACUUUAGAAAGUGUUUCUGGUCCUGACGCCAUCCCUGCCCCGAACACCGUGGGCAGGCGGUCCCCGCCGCGCCCCUCCACCUGCACAGCGGCUGAGGACACUCGGCCCGCGAGGUCCGCGUGAAAAUGGCUGCCGUUGGCCCAUGAGGAGCGGCCCUGUCAGGUGCGGCCUUCUUGGAGGAAGUUCGUCACUGUGGCUUCGAGAGUUCAGGAGCUCAAGCCGGGCCUAGUUGCUCCGUUUCUCUUCUUGACGCCUGUCAAUCGUGAUGAUAAUGGACUAAACCUGUGAACUGUAAGCCAACCCUAACUAAGUAUCUUCCUUUAUAAGAGUUGCUAUGUCCACGGUGUCUCUUCACGACAGGAGAAACCCCAACUAAGACACCACCCAUUUGAUUUGGGGACCUUCUUGGUUAGGUUUUCUGGGAUCCAAACUGAGGGCGUGGGAAAGUUCUGAGGCAGGCGGGCCUCUUACCUGUUCCUUUAUUUUAUUUUUUGAGACAGAGCAUCACUAUGUAGCUCAGGCUGGCCUCAAGCUUGCAAUCCCCCUGCCUCAGCUUCUUGAUUGCUGUUCUUAUAGCUAUGCAGCAUCGCACCUGGACAGACUCACAGACUUCACUCUGGAAACCUCAAGGUUUCUGAACAAUCGGCAAAUGGGUUGAGGUUGGUUAAAUAGUCCAGUCCUUGUUUGUAUGUUUUUCCAAUAUUUAAUCGGCUCAGUGUCUCGGCUCAGAGAUGCUCGGAGGUAGGAAAUUGUGAGGUGAGAAAUGGCCAGUGCAGCACAUUGACAGCCGUGAGGACCGACGGCUCGAUAGAUCGAGUGGUAAUCAGCUGACUGCCAGUCCCACCAUCAGGCAGCCCUCGCACUGGAGCUGUGCAGGAGUCAACAACCCCAGAAUUCCUGGCCACUUCCAGGAUGUCCUCGUGCUCAGAGCCCCAUUAAGUAAUUAAUAUUUACUAUGAGGACCUUGGGCCACCAAGAGGAGUAAUUAUGCUCUUUACUCUGAUUCCUAAGGCAGGCGCUUACAUAAUACACUUAAUUAACAUUAAAAACCAUUAACACUUACUGAACUCUGUGUGCCGGGACUUGUGUUCCAUGCUUUAUAGGAAUUAUCUCAUUGUAGAAAUAUUCCCAUAUAAAACAGCUUUAACCAAAAAUAUUUUGGUACUUAAGCUUUAGUUGGCUGAAAAUUGUACAUAUAUGGAUGUUGGACCCUCCUGGGCCAUGUCAGUGGCUGCCCCUGCUGAGCCUGGCCGGUGCCUUGGUAGCCUUUUGUUCCUAACACAGGAACAUCCUGGCCUUUCUGUUUGGCCAUGGUGGAUUAACCCAGUCAGUAAGAUCUUUUCAAGUCAGUGCUGGGUUAAGGUUUCUGUUUUCCUGCUGAGAAUGUAAACUUGUUUCUCCAUUGUGCUCUCACUGGUGGGCUUGGGGUAUAACUUCUGUGAACCUCAGUAAAAGUUUUGGCAUUUUCAUAACACAAA